AAAAAACACUUGGUUUAUUCGCCUUCCGUUACAUUGGAUAUUUAGUCCAUUUUGUCCGUCCUUCCCCACUCUUCCUUGUCGUCUUUCUAGAAUGAACUCUGUACGUUUGCUCGUUCGUCAGGCCGCUAAAACACCCAGUGUCCUCGCUAGACGUAACCUCCACACCUCUCGAUGUGCCCUGUCGGACGCGCUCUUUGUGCAUCGCGACACUCCUGAUAACAAUGCCAACAUUCCUUUCGAAUUCAAUGCGGAGAACAAGAAGCGCAUGGAAGAGAUCCUGAAGAAGUAUCCUCCUCAAUACAAAAAGGCCGCUAUUAUGCCUUUGUUGGAUCUCGGUCAAAGACAGCACGGUUUCACCUCCAUCUCGGUGAUGAACGAAGUCGCUCGUUUGUUGGAAGUGCCUCCCAUGCGUGUGUAUGAAGUCGCAACCUUCUAUACCAUGUACAACAGAUCACCUGUGGGUAAAUAUUUCCUUCAGUUGUGCACAACCACACCUUGUCAAUUGGGUGGCUGUGGAUCUACCAAGAUCUUGGAUACAAUCAAGGAAGAAUUGAAGAUCGAAGUCGGCGAAACAACAAAGGAUGGUGUUUUCACUUUGGUUGAAGUGGAAUGUGCUGGUGCUUGUGUUAACGCUCCCGUCAUGGCCAUCAACGACGACUACUAUGAGGAUUUGACCCCCGAGACCACCAAGAAGCUUUUGAACGACAUUAAAGCAGGUAAGCCUAUCAAGGCUGGACCUCAAUCGGGACGUUUGACCUGCGAGCCUGCACCUGGCGUAUACACCACAUUGACCGAGGAACCUUACGGUCCUGGUUACAGAGUCCGUGAAGAUCUGUAAAUUCCUAUUUUAGAGUAAAAAAAAGUUUGUAGGAUUUCAUCAUCUUUCACAGGUCCCUUUUUUGUUAUUUUUCUUUUCUCAUUCCCACUGUAUUUUCUUGUCUCCCAUCGUAGAAGGCGCCCUUCGUAAUAUAAUAAAUCAGGACAAAAAAAGAAGAGCACUGCAUGAUUAGAAGAAAAAUUCAGAGACGAGACAACGUUGU